AUGGCAGAAAAGCUCAAGGAAGCUGCUCGUGUGGCUGAUGAAGAUGCUCCCGUCGAGCAGGGGGAUUCGCAGCUUUUGGCUACGCUGGGGUAUAAGCAGGAACUGCGUCGUCAUUAUUCCACCGUCCAGGUCUUCGCUAUCGCCUUUAGUAUUAUGGGAUUGUUGCCUUCGAUUGCCUCGACACUUUCGUAUUCGAUUCCUGCUGGCCCUGCGGGCAUGGUUUGGGUAUGGUUGCAUAUGCAUGCUGGAUUUACAUACAUGGGGAAUUCUUGGCUAACUAGAAUUCUGAUGACUCGUGCAGGAUGGUUCUCUGCCAGUGUGUUUAUCUUCAUCGUAGCUUUGGCGAUGGCCGACCUAGCAUCCGCCAUGCCGACAGCCGGUGGUCUCUACUUCUGGACUCACUACUUCAGCGGCGAGAAGUGGAAGAACCCUCUCAGCUUCGUAGUAGGGUACAGCAAUAGUCUCGGACUCAUCGGCGGCGUCUGCUCCAUCGAUUACGGCUUCGCUACAAUGCUCCUCUCCGUCGUAUCAAUCGCGCGUGAUGGAAACUGGACGGCCUCUCGGCCCGUUCUAUACGGCACCUACGUCGCCUGCGUCGUCGUCCACGGUCUCAUCGCCAUCUUUUGCGCGCGCAUCAUGCCCAAAAUCCAGUCCGCCUGUAUCGUGAGCAACGUCGGCCUCGUCCUGGCCACCGUCCUCGCCCUGCCCAUCGGUAAAGCCGUCCGCGGGGGACAGAUCAACUCGGGAACGUACGUCUUCGGACACUCUGAGAACCUCACAACCUGGCCCCAGGGCUGGACUUUUAUGCUCUCGUGGAUGUCGCCCAUCUGGACCAUCGGCGCAUUCGACUCCUGCGUGCACAUGAGCGAGGAGGCGAGCCAUGCGGCGCGUGCCGUACCCUUAGGUAUCAUCUGGUCUGCCGGACUCUGCGGUCUGUUAGGGUUUGUGUCUCUCGCGCUCAUCGCCGCCGUGAUCAACCCGGAUCUCAACGCCGUGCUGAACUCGAGUUUCGGUCAGCCAAUGGCACAGAUCUACUACGACGCCCUCGGCAAAAGCGGUGCCCUGGGCUUCAUGGUCGUCGUAGCAAUCGUCCAAUUCUUCAUGGGCCUAAGCUUGGUCGUCGCCGCCUCCCGCCAAAGCUGGGCCUUCUCGCGCGACGGCGCCCUCCCCUUCUCCUCCUUCUUCCGACACGUGAGCAGACGCGUCCGCUAUCAACCCGUCCGAAUGGUCUGCUUCGUCGUCCUCAUCUCCAUCAUCCUAGGUCUCCUCUGUCUUAUCGAUGAAGCCGCCUCUAGCGCCCUCUUCUCCCUCGCCGUUGCCGGGAAUGAUCUCGCCUGGAUGGUCCCUAUCCUUAGUCGUCUUGUCUGGGGUAAGGAGCGGUUUCAUCCGGGAGAGUUUUAUACGGGUUGGUUUAGUAAACCCAUUGCUGUUACUGCGGUGGUUUAUUUGGCGUAUGUUAUUGUGCUGAGUAUGUUUCCGACGGGGGGAGCAAAUCCAUCGCCGCAGGAUAUGAACUAUACGAUUGUGAUUAAUGGGAGUUUGUGGCUGGGGGCGAUGGUUUAUUACGUGGUUUAUGCGAGGAAGGUGUAUAGAGGGCCGCAGAUGACGGUGGGUGGGGGUGGGAGUGGGGAGUCGAGUGGGGAUGAGAUGAAGUGA